GCACUUAUUUUGACCAAGGCCAACUGGAAAGCAGUUACUUGAGGACAGUUUGGAUAACAUAGGGAUAAGCAGAACAGGCACAAUGAAGCACUUCCUGAGAAUGUUGAUCCAGGUGUGCCUGUAUUUUUACUGCACGUUUCUGUGGCGCUGCCUGAAAUUUGUCAUGAGGAAGCUGACCGGAAGAUGUGAACUGCAACGGAUCUGUUACAAUACCAAGCCUGGAGCUUCUAGAACCAUGAAGAUCGAAACAUCAUUGAGAGGCUCAAAAAGUAAGCUGUUGCAGACUUCAGUGAGUGUUCACCUUGAUGCUAUUGAAAAAACUAUCGAAGACAUCAUGGAACUGAAAAAAAUUAACCCUGAUAUAAAUCCACAGCUGGGAAUCUCUCUCCAGGCUUGCCUCCUGCAGAUCGUUGGCUACAGAAACCUUAUUGCAGAUGUGGAAAAGCUGCGCAGAGAGCCCUAUGAUUCUGAUAACCCCCAACACGAGGAAAUGCUUCUGAAGUUAUGGAAAUUCUUGAAGCCGGAUACUCCAUUAGCAUCUCGGAUUUCUAAGCAAUGGUGUGAAAUUGGCUUCCAAGGUGAUGAUCCUAAAACGGAUUUUCGAGGAAUGGGACUUCUGGGACUGUACAAUUUGCAGUAUUUUGCGGAAAGGGAUGCCACAGCAGCUCAGCAGGUCCUCUCUGACUCUCUUCAUCCAAAAUGCAGGGAUAUCACUAAAGAGGAAAUAAGCAAAUUCAGCAAAGCAGAAUGGCAGCAGAAAAGGAUGGACAAAGCAAUUGGGUACUCCUUUGCAAUUGUGGGCAUCAAUAUAACUGACCUGGCAUAUAAUCUACUGGUGAGCGGAGCUCUGAAGACCCAUUUCUAUAACAUCGCACCAGAAGCUCCAACGUUGUCUCACUUCCAACAAACAUUCUGCUAUUUGAUGCACGAGUUUCAUAAGUUUUGGAUUGAAGAGGAUCCCAUGGACAUAAUGGAAUUCAACCGUGUGAGGGAGAAAUUCCGCAAGAGGAUCAUAAAACAGCUGCAGAACCCCGACAUGGCGCUGUGCCCACACUUUGCUGCUUCGGAAGGUUUAAUCAACAUAUAGGCGCCUACGCUGAUUUUCACGGAUUCCCCGGAACACUGCCUCAUUGUCGUGUUAGAUCUCUGCUUCGUCCUAGCUCAUACCCUGAAUGCACACAGUGAUUGUAUGCAUGCCUUUUGUACAGUAUUUUCAUCUCUCGGUCAUAAUUACCAGAUCCCCAGGUACCGCUGUCUCUGGAGCACCGGCUCAUCUUGUGCAUUAAGCGGUGUUGCAUCCACCUUGGCCCUAUGUAUGGAGAGAGUUUUCUAUUUUUUUAGAUUGUUUUCCUCCCUCUCAUAAUUCAGCAUCGAAGAACCGCAUUUCUCUAGCUGUAUUUUGUAUGUAAGAGAGUUAGCUGAAUCUUGUUCUGUGGAAACCUUUUAAUUUAUUGAUAUGUUUCAUGACUACUGCUGCUAGCUCUUCAAGCCAGGUUCAUGCUUGGGACUCAUUCCAAUAAAGUAUAAGACUUUAAAAUAAUACAGACAGACACAUGACAAGCCAAACUACUCCUGCAAACAUAGCUGCGCUUCCCAAAAAAAUGUAACGAGGCUUACAAGAAGCGAAUUUAGAUAGCUGUUGUUUUUGUUUUAAGUACUGCACAAUUAUAUUGUAACUUGCCCCCAAGUCUGUCACUGUCAUUUGGAUAUCCAAUUACUUUACUCCCAUAAUUUCACGGGCUUAGAUGCCUAUGUAUGUUUAUGAUGCUUAGAGCCUCAGAAAGGAAGUCUGCAUACAUAACUUCGAAAGCUGCAAAAGGUUUCUCACUGCCUGCCUCCUGCUGAACUCAGAGUUACACCCGGCACUGUUCUGAUCCAAGCAUCUGUGCUUGGGCAACUGCGUGCUGACUGGUUUCUCUGUCAAGAGGCAAUAUUAAAAAACAAUUUGCAAGAAAAUGUGUUGCAAGAGAGGAACCUAAGCUAUGUGAUUCUGCAAUACUUCUUGAAAAUAAUGACCUUGUCUUAUAUGAAUAGAAGUAAAUUGCUUGGAAGAGGGAAGUGAUCAAAUCAUUCCAAAACUGCUGAAAAUCAUUUAAAAAGCCAUGAUUUUGUUUGGAAUUAUGAUUGUAGUCUGUUGAAUAGUAUUGACCAUGGCAUUUCAUACCCAUGGUAUUUUAUACCUUCUACCAGUUUUAGUAUUAUUAGACAUUUGUGUAAUCACUUGCUUAUUUAAAUGAAUUUUGAGUACUGCCUGUCGGUUAUAUGAAUAAAUGACAUGUCGUUCUACUGUAA